CGAUGGACGUGGUAGUUAAUUAGCGAGGUGGUAGUGAGCCUUGCGCUCUAGAAUCUGCUCAUUUGCAUUUGAAACUCUUCUCCGGGCAGGUUGCCUGACUAGCUGGCGACGGAAAGAGGUCAGGUGACUCGCAGGCCGGAGAUUGGCAGAUUGAACGGCCGAACGGCUUUGACAUCUGGGAUUUGAAUGCAUUGGUCUACGCGUUUUCGUUGUGCCUUUGAUGUUGUGACAUUUCUUGUACUGACCUAUAGACUGUAUCCCAUCUGUGCUUGUAAUACUUCACGCCGACACAAUGGCUGAAUUUCAAGCGAAAGACUUUGGGCUAAGCUUUCAGAAGAAAGUACUCGGCCGCGUGAGCAGCAAGAGCGUCGCCAAAGCUUUCAUUGAUGACACCUCGGCGAGUCUUUUGGAUAACUUGUACAAACUCGUCAAGAGCGUCACAGGCAGCAAAAAAGACGCAGAAAAGGUUACUAAGAACAUUAUAAAGAUCGUCGUGAAGGUUGGCAUCUUGCAUCGGAACAACCAAUUCUCAGCUGAAGAGAUAAAGGUGGCCAAGCAGCUACAGCACAAGAUGCGCGCUCUUGCCAUGGCGGUGGUAAGCUUUUAUGAGAUGGAGUUUUCGUAUGACCGACGAUACCUCGUGGGUGCCUUUGACGAGUGUCGUGCCCUGCUUUCCGACCUUGUGCGAUCCCACCUGACGGGCAAGUCACUGGGCCGGAUCGACUACGUCUUUGGCUUCUUUGGGAAACCAGAGACCCUCGACUCGGUGUUUGCAAGCGACAGCGUUCACCGAGAGUGCCUCGGAAGGAUUGUCAAGGACCUGCACGAGGCCUUGGAUAAGGAGAGUCUCUGAGAGAUAAGGUUGGCCUGGCCAUGAAGAAAAAUGCAUGUGCACCAUGCAUGCUGAAACAUUACCUGGUGAAACGGUUGUGCUUACUCGGCAUGUUGCGAGAUGUGCACCACACAAAAAUGUAGUCACUCUAUGCAAAACUAGAGGAAAAGUAAGCGUUAUGAUGAGAAUAACCAUGUUUGCUCACGAAGGAUUUUAUGUAAUCGAGAUUCUGUGUGCACUUACAGGGUCAGGCAGAGUUUGGUCUCUGAAAGCACUUGGCUUCUGAGGAGCCAAAAGAAUGGGUGUGCCUUGAACAAAAAGAAAGAUCACUAUGUGUCGGUCUACUUCUAAUUCCUGCUUUUACCUGGUGAGGUGCCUUUAGGUGUACAGGCUCCUGUGCAUCUGUCUAUAUAGUGUUCAAGUGGGCUGCAGCGAUUGAAACUUAGCCUGCAGCACUGAGCUUUUCUACUGGUUUCACAACUUAUACAUGCUUAUUGCUUUCACAGUGCCUGUGUGCAAGGUGGUGAUGUGCUUCAGUUUUAAACACAGCAAGGCUUAACAAGUGUUGGUCUGGUCAUGGAUACUAGGUAGUCCAAGGAAGGUACGACACUGCCAGAGGCCUGUAAUGGCUGGUCAGUGAUGAUGCACUAUUGCCAACAGCCAAUGAUUAUGCAAAAAAGAUGGCGCUCUGCCUGCCAAUCAUUUAAGGGGAAGCUCAAGCUAGAUAACUUUUGUGACAAUUCUCGUUGCCCUUCAUCAAUGAGUUGCACAAACUACUCAUAGUGCCAGCAUCAGUUGCCCAGUGCAAUGAACACAAGACAAACUGCAUCAGAUGCAGAAAUAUUGUUACAAGAUAUCAGGCCAUGACCGAUUUCCUUCAGAUGUAGCUAUGGCAAGUGUUGAACUCUCUGCAUUUAUUUAAACACAGAAGCGUAGGAUUCUACAGAGCUGCAUUUGAAGUUAUAUUUUUGAUAAUUUUAACCUUUUUUUUUUAUUACAAAGCCAGAACUUUAGGAAAUGCCUAAUGGCAUAAUGUGAGAAUAAGUGUGACUAAGCUAUGAUUUUGUACUGUAUCUUGUGCCAUGGCAUGUGUGUACCAAUAAGCCAAAUGUCAUUAACAGCUGUAAACGGUGAAACUUAACUUACAGCGAUACUGACUUUUUUUUGCAUUGGCUGAAGGAGGGUCCCAGGGCUCUAAGUAAACCACAGAAAAGAUACUGGCUCUCAGAGUGCUGCAGAUAGUUGGAACGUAAUAGCUUUGUACGGUCAGUGUUGUUUUCGUUCUCCAUGAUGUUAAAGUAUCAUGUCUUUGCAAUGCAGAAUGCGUUCACCCAGUCAGCUCAUAUGCUGCUGCUACUCAGUCACAACUUCCGCUUCACAUCGUGGUGUAGUAGAAACUAAACCAGAACUGGUUAUCAAGAAGUUCGAGGCACUCUAAGACUUCUGGUUAUUUUUUCGUCAGGUUUAGGAUGUCCUAGACCUUAGCUUAAAAAGAAAGGAUAGAUGAAGAGUCCAAAUAUGUCAGUACACUUCAUAAUUAUAGUCCUCACGGGGCCCAACGAGACCCUGCUGGCCAAGUGAGAUGUAAAUAUGUGAGGUUGCCAUUUCUGUAAAAGUUGCUCAUGUGGUGGUAGAUGCAGUGUUAUUUUAUUGCAAUGGUUAAAUGCAAAUGAAUUUUCGAAUGCUGUACAUGUAAUCAAAGGACCAGAACUCGGGCUUGCUUCAAGCAUUCCGAGAAUCCUCCCAGUGAGUACAACUUAAUAUAAUGCAUUAUGAACUUUUAGUAAGGCCAAACUGUGCUUUUGCCUUUGGUGUGAUGCACUAUUUCUUCGGUGUUUGUUAAUGGUGGUGUGUGGCCUUAUGCUAUGAAACCUUAAGCAUGUGCACGAGUUUGUGUGCGCAUUUUUUAUAUCUACUUACUCUUUCAUACAUUGUUACUACUUUGUGCUGCUGUAUUUUAUCACAGCCUUUUGUCUAUGAAUACAGCUGCCUAAGUCAUUGUUGUAGUUUAAAAAAAAAAAGACUUUUCUUUUGAGAUGCCAUGGUAUACACGGCUGCUUCUCUGUUUACGGCGAUGCUUUAAUCCCGGUCCAUUUCUUGUCAGCCGUUUAGUUGGAACAUUCCAUUGUCUCUUACAUGGAUUAUGUUAUUCGUGAAUGUGUACACUGUGUCUCCAGUUGUGCUACAAAUUCCACAGAGGAACAAAUUUAUUCGACUGAAAAUGCUGUUGCUCGUGGCAGAAACAAAUAUCAUCUUGGUGUUCGUUUCUGCUAGCCAUAUCUCGAUUACUUAUUACACAAGCAAGAUAUAUGUUCGUCCUGUUCAUGCCAAUAUAAUUCCAGUUUGUUGAUGUACUUGCAUUUUCACAGUGUCACGACUGCUAGUUGCUCAGUGAAAACUCGCGUGAUGUCAUGCGCAUCUGACUGGAACAUGCCAUUUAAAAAGAAGCGCUUGCUCAAGAACAACCAAUGAUCAUUUGAGCUACGUAACAAUGAAAACUCAUGCCCUUUUACAGUUGGAAGUUUACCAGUUUUUCUCAUUUUGUCGAAGGCAGCCAUCAGAAGAAUGAACCACUGGCUCAAUUAACUUCCAAGGAGCAUUGUAUUUUUUUUAAAUUAAUGCUAUUUUUUUCUUAAUGCAUGUUCACCGGUGUUCUGACUGCACACCUUUUUUUCCUCCAGCACUGCCUACCCCCCACUUUCCUGUUGUUUAUUUCUGUCUGAACCUUUUACCUUUGUUCUUUCUGUUUACACCUUUAUUAUUAUGUUGUUAUUGAUAAGUCUGCUUACGACUUUAUUCUAGUCUAAAGCACAUUUUACAGGUUUUAACACUGGGACUAAAUGUUAUACUCAUAAUAAUUCCUCCUUUUUGUAUGUCUUUUUUCAUAUUGUGCACAUUGCUGGAACAUUAUUCAUUAUAACACUUAGUUUAAGUACUUUGGAAGGAGCAGUCAGUACUUUGUCACGGGAAGUGUGUGCAGCAACAUAUUUUUUCUCACAUAGAAUACUUUUAGUCACCUGUUCAGAUAGCCAGGAAGUGCCAUAAAGUAGUGUUUUAUUUUCAUAGAAUCUCUAUGCAAGAGUGGAUUGUUUUCUUUAUUCCAAAGUGUUCUGUUCACUGAAUGUGACAAGUCGCGCAUUUUGACGAGAUGUUUUUUUGUAUUGCCUGGGCAACAUACUUUGGAACUAUCAUUUCUGGAGAUCUCUCGUUGAAUGCAUGCAUCUUUGGUAAACAAGUAAAGUGUGAUGGAAAAAAAGCAUGGGCGCACAUAUCUGUCGGACUUUUCGACAUUGUGUGGUUUACGAGCUUGUGGACAGAUAAAUUCCUAGUGGUCAGAAUUGUGUUCAUGAAUCAGUGAAGGCAAUGCUAAGUCAAGCUAAAGUGCUAUAUUAGUGCUCUGACAUUACCAAAGCAUCAUUUUUAUCCAUAAAAGAGCUUUUGUGGCAACAAAGAGAGACAACAUAUCAAACAGCUACUCCAAUGCCUUUCAGAAACUGCACUGUGCUAGACUUAAUAUUUGCCUUCAGUUCCUCUUUAAGGUGCACUGAGUCUGAACUUGUGUCCUUUGUAAGAAGCAAACAGGUUGCAUGUUUAGACAACAAAUGCCCUACGAGGUUCGCGCCUUCGGCAUAAAGACUCUAUUGUUACCAACAAAAGGUGCAUUACAUAGUACCUUUGCAUUAAGUAAAUGCUGUGUAAUGGGUCAAUUAACUUACAAACUGCAAGAUAAAUGUGACAAUCCCAGAUGCCUAUGAACUUAAAUGUGCACAAUGUUGCCAACUUUUAAACUUCUGUUCACGAAGGGGUCGCUUCCUGACUGUUACCUGUAUCUUCUCAAGCCCAGUUGUUUCAAAGGCUCAUUUUUCUUUUAUAUGAAAGUAACAGAAUAAAUAAUUUUGAAACCUUGG